UGGAGGGGUGGCUGUGCUGACAGCAUUGAGGCCCCCAUUCCAACCCCACCUCUGGUCCAGGUCUCAGAAAGACCCUGGAGUUAGACGUCAAUAGUCCUCUGUCCUCCAUGCCUCCUGGGUACAAGUCACUGGCCUGAGCCUGGAGGUCAGACAGGCAAGUCCAGUCACCUCUUUCCUGCUUCCUGUUAUGAGCUUUCAGCCCCAACCCCUCCUACCCUCGGACACCCGUUGCCCUGUCCCCUACUUUACAGCAAGACCUUCCUUGAUAUCAGGUGAUUCAGGUGCUGGAGGAGAGGAGAGCUGCACACUGUGAUGGAGACUCCACUUGAGAAGGCCCUGACCACUAUGGUCACCACAUUCCACAAAUAUUCGGGGAGAGAGGGUAGCAAGCUGACCCUGAGUAGGAAGGAACUAAAGGAGUUGAUCAAGAAGGAGCUGAGUCUUGGGGAGAAGAUGAAGGAGAGCAGCAUCGACGACCUGAUGAAGAGCCUGGAUAAAAACAGCGACCAGGAGAUUGACUUCAAGGAGUACUCGGUGUUCCUGACCACGCUGUGCAUGGCCUACAAUGACUUCUUCCUGGAGGACAACCAAUGACGGGGACUCCCCUCUGCCCUCUCUGUUUGCCGCAGCUGUUGACCUCUCUAGCUCCUUUGACAGCCCUCUUUGGCCCCUGAGCCUCCUCUUCCUUCCUGAUAGACUCUUCCAGCAGAGGCAAUAAAGAUUUUCCAUCUCAAGUG